ACUCAAGUCUAUUUGGGUCUUAUAGUUUCCCUGGUUGUUGUCUGCGUAAUUCUUGUCAUUCUCCUAAUUCUUCUUAUUGUAUUCUGGAAACGCAUCAAACGCAUAUGUAAUAAACCAGACGUAGAUGAAUCUACAAAUGUAAUAGACCCUAAUACCAAUGGCGUCAAAUCUGAAGAUCCCAUCACACCAAAUAAUAUGAUAGAAGACUUUGUUAUCAAAGACUUUGUUAUCAAUUACGUCGAAUCUGAAGAACCCAUCACAUCAAAUAAUGUGUUGUACCCUCCAGUUGCUUUUGGCAAUUUCAAAAACCAUGUUGAAUCACUUAAAGCUGAAGGUCAAAUGUCUAAACUAUUUCAGUACUUGAAAGAUUUGGCCACUGAACAGGAGAGAAGGUUGCAGCUUUCCGUUAAUGCAGCAAACGAGAUGAAAUCGCGAAAUAGAUACAGUGAUAUUCUACCCUAUGACCAGUCGAUGGUAAUUCUUGGACAUAAAUGGCCACUGCCUUUGACCGAUCCAAAACCCAAUGUUAUCAGUGGAUUGUUGAGUGCGGCUUAUGUGAACGCCUCGUUCGUGCGUGGUCCACUUUUUACUCCAACCGGUUGUGCAGUUCCUGCAACCUACUCCCAAUCUCCUGAUUACAUUACCACACAAGGGCCCCUUGAAAAUACUGUUGCCGAUUUUCUAACUAUGAUCUACCAGCAACGUGUUCCUCACAUAAUGAUGCUUUGCAGAAACGUGGAGGACGAAAGGGAUAAGUGUGCUCGCUACUGGCCGAGUGAGCCGGAACGGGGAGGGGUUGAGACAUUUACAUCGGAGCAUCAUACUGUUACGGUUACUUUCCUCGAGAUUGAACUCCUGGAAUCUGGUGUGCGUCGUGUAAUCUCCAUUUGUCCUCAUGAUGAGAAAGAUGCUAUUGUCAAUAACCAAUCAAUUCGAUUAAAUACAUUGUUCGUUCUUCUCACAAGUGACUGUAGCACCUAA